AUUCAUUUGUGCAAGUACGGUAAAUAGUGGUUGUACAACACACUGAGCUGUUGAAUGCUUCAAUUAAAGUUAAAAAUGUGGUGCCUUGCGGCCGUUAUCGCAUACCUUUGUGGAUUAAGCUCCGGCAUAGAAGAUUUGUCCCAAAUGCUUUGCAGCGAUGUUUCCAAUGGCGAAAUAUUGCCAAAUCCACGCGAUUGUAAUUCAUAUUUCAUUUGUGGAAUUGUACCAAUGAUAACCUACUGUGAUCAAGGUCUACAUUUUGAUGUGGAUAAUAAAGUUUGUAAUUGGCCAGAAAUUGCAAAUUGUCAAUUUGAUAAGAUUAAUAUUUUAACGAAUAACAAUACUGAGAGUCAAACCCCUACACCAGACUAUACAACGCCAAAAGAAUUGAAUUUAUUGAAAACAGAGCUUGAUUCGAAUGAAAACAUCAAUCUAUAUGCAACGGACAUGACGCCGCAACAUAUUUAUUUUAUCGCUUUGGAUGUGAAUACACGAAAGCCAGUUGAUCCCAUGCAAAAUUAUGAACCUCUAAAUGUGGCAUGUAAUCACUAUGGAACUUAUUUUUUACCACAUCCUAAUGACUGCAGCUCAUAUUAUAUAUGCGCCUUCGGUCAUAUGAUGCAACACAAAUGCGGUCGUGGCGCUGGAUGGAGCUAUAAGCGCCAAAUGUGCGAAGUUCGCCCAUUAACCGAAUGCUAUGCUGGAGCUGCUUACCAAGCAAGCAAUGUGCAAUUAAGUCCACAAGUCGAGCUUUCUGCACUAUUUUCCAAUGAACAAUUAUUUAACAAUCCUCCAACGAGUGAAAUGUGCACCCUAUGCUAUGCCUCAAAUAACGAUAUUACAGGCCCACCAACUAAUCUAAGUUGGUCGUCAAAUGGCGAGACUACACGAUUCAUACUCACUGAUCCGCAAUUGCCACCUACAUCACCCACAUUAGUUCCAGCAGAUAUUUCAGAUGGAAAUGUACCUAAUUGUCCCAAAAACAUUCAAAUGUACUUACCACAUUCCACAGAUUGCAGCAAAUAUUAUAUAUGCAUUAUCGGUAUGGCAUUUUUGACCUCUUGCCCUGAGGGUUUGUAUUGGGAUCAAACGGCAGAGUUUUGUGAUUCACCAUCAAAUCAUGUAGUUGAAGCAACUUACUCAAUGAAUGAAACGUGCGCAUACUAUACCGGUUAUAUUGCCAAUCCUACUAACUGCCAAGGUUGGGGUGCUUGUGAAAACGGAGUACUGGUGGCUACAGGACUUUGUGGCGAAGGUUUGCUAUACGAUUCGAAAAGAGCUGAAAGCUCCGCAGAAUCGUAUAAUAUCAACGUAACAUUAAAAAAAAUUUCAGUUGAUGAACGAAAAUAUCUAGGAACACCUAUCAGUAGCGACAUUAUAAGUUGUGGAACGAAAAAUUCAAAUAACGUUGCUUAUUACAAAAUCAUACGAGUCGAAAUAACAAUGUUUAAAUCACCGCUUGGUAUUUUGUUCUGUUUCAUUUUCUCAUCGAUUUACGCUCAACAAAGCGAACCAUCCGUUGAGGAGAUCUGUAAACAAGUUACACCGGGUACCACUAUUUUAUACCCUAACACAUGUGAUAAAUGGUUUCGGUGUUCAUCGUCGUUCAGUGUUGAAGAUUACGAAGAUGGUACAUGUGUUUUCGGCUUAUAUUUCAAUAAGGACACUGGUCGUUGUGAAAGCAUUGAAAACGUUGUCUGUCCAUAUGCAUCCCCUGAAACCAGCAAUCGUUGCGCUUUCGAAGAGAAUGGUACCUUCUUGGAGGAUCCAAAUAACUGCAGUAGUUACAUUUUUUGUGACAAUGGCAAAGAAAUGCAAUCCACUUGCCCAUAUGGAUUAAUAUUCCACGCAGAAAAGGCAGAAUGUGUAUAUUCAACGGAUUACAAUUGUCUAGUGAAGAAAGCCAAUCCCAUUUGUAAGGCUGUACCAAAAGGCCUCUUACUGGCGAAUAUUAACGACUGCAACAAAUUUUACAAAUGUGACGAAAAAGCUCAACUCAUCUCUUUAGAGUGUAACGAAGGCGAAGCAUACAACUAUUCCACCCUGGAGUGUGUACCCCGAAACAGGGUGGUCUGCCAUCCUUUAGCGCCAGAACUUGAACCUGAAGUAGAUGUUUGCGGCAGCGAGAAUAAUACCGUAGUUGGCUACAUUGCCGAUACAGAAUCUUGCAGUGCAUAUUAUAUAUGUGCCAAGAAAGAAGCAGGCAAACCUGACCGCCAACCUAUGCAUCUAACAUGUCAAAAUGGCUAUUUCUUUGAUAAUAAUACAUUGUCAUGUCGCGAUCGCAUGAAUGUUAAGUGCUACUUGGACCGUUGUAAAGGAAUCGGUAACAAAUACAUCAAUGUUAUCGGUGAUUGUGCGUCUUAUGCACAUUGUAAAAAUGGCGUAACAGGGAAAAUUGGUAAAUGCAAAACUGGAUAUUUCUUCGAUGAACGCUUACAGGUUUGCACUCAAGAAACUAUCACAUAUGCAGCAUGUAUGCCAUAAGUCCAGUAAUAAUAAUAAUAUGUCAAUAAACUUUAUAUAAACAGCUUGA